GCGCAGGAUAGUACACUGAAAAACAACGAAGAGCGAGAGCCUCUCCGCCAUGGCGUCGAACAACCUCCUCGUCGACUUGAAGCGCUGCUUCUCGGCGCCGUCGCUCCGUUCCUACCUCGCCGAGUUCAUCUCCACCUUCCUCUUCGUGUUCACCGCCGUCGGCUCAGCCAUCUCCGCCCGGAUGCUGGCGACGCCGGACGUUACCAGCAGCGCCUGGCCCCUGGUGGCCACCGCCGUCGCGCAGGCGUUCGGGCUCUUCGCCGCGGUGCUCAUCGCCGCCGACGUCUCCGGCGGCCACGUCAACCCUGCCGUCACGUUCGCGUACGCCAUCGGCGGCCGCAUCGGCGUCCCGAGAGCCAUCUUCUACUGGGCGUCGCAACUGCUCGGCGCCACCUUCGCAUGCCUCUCCCUCAACCUCUUAUCCGCCGGCGAGGAGGUGCCGACGACGAGGAUCGCGGUGGCGAUGACCGGGUUCGGUGGCGCGGUGCUGGAGGGCGUGCUCACGUUCCUGCUGGUGUACACGGUGCACGUGGUCGGGGAGCGCGAGCCUCGCUCGCGCGGCGGCGACGGCAAGCGGGAGUUCGCGGCCACGGCGCUGGGCGCGCUGGCUGUUGGGCUCACGCAGGGCGCGUUCGUGCUUGCCGCGGGCGCGCUGACGGGCGCGUCCAUGAACCCGGCACGCUCGUUCGGGCCGGCCGUCGUCAGCGGCCACUUCAAGAACCAGGCCGUGUACUGGGCCGGCCCGAUGGUCGGCGCGGCCGUCGCCGCGCUGGUGUACCAGAUCAUGGCGUGCCCGAGCGUGACAGGGAACGUGGAGGCGGUGGUCGUUUGACAAGCUAGUGUGCAACUGUGCAUCCAUUCGUUGUGGUUGUGAAUGAGUCGAUGGAUCUAAAUGUGUGUGUGUGUGAGAGAGACCAUGAUGACAUUGUGUUUGUAAUUAGUUUGUCCAGUGGGCUUUCAGUUCCGUCGCGUUGCUGUACUGAAAUAGUUUGUUGUACG